AUGGUGUGCUUAUCCUCCACCACUCGGCCGCAGGGCACUGUCUUAGGCUGCUUCACCCUGGACUUGCCCAGGACAAGGAGCGAUGAUCUGCCAGGAUAUCGACCAAACUUGCGGUUGCCAUGCCAUGCGUUUGGAGACAAGCUGGUUUUAGCAGGGCUUCCUUCGGAUUUGGACGAGACCGAACUCAUGAAGUUCUUUUCAAAACAAGGUGCCAACAAUGCCAUUGUGGCACAUGCCAGGGACAGGAGCUUUGCAUCUGUGACCUUUUCGAGCAUCGUGGAUGUCGCCCGUUUUCUGAGCCGCAUUGCUCAUGCAUACGCAGAUGAGAAGGGCACCCUGAUCGCGAGGCUGUUGUCCAAAACGACCAGUAUGGAGGAGAUCCCAACGCUUCCCGCUUUACCAGCACCCACUCUGUCGACCAGAGAUGCUGAUGCGGAGCUGGAAGCAGGGAGUCUCAUGGUCCUUUGGUCACCUUUGGUUUUGGCCGUAGGAUACACCGUGGAGUUGAGGCCUGUUGGCAGCAACUCAUCCUGGUCUUCGGUGGAUGUAACUUCCAAGAAGCUAGGGGCAGUAAGCAAUCGCUUUGACCAGAGCUGCUCCUCUUGCGUGGUCAAUAGUUUACAGAUCAGCACUGCUUACGAGGCGCGCAUCUCCUAUUUCACGAACUGCCAGACGAUUUCUGAAGCGUCGGAUCCUUCCAAGCCAUGUCUUCCAUCCCAAGGGAACCAAGAUCCCAAGGGCAAGGUGGCCAAGAGUGUGACACCAAGUGGACCAAGUGCCUCCAAUCCGGAAGGCUAUUCGAGCCUGCUUGGCACAAGCGGCAGCUUGCCCUUAGCAAAGCCGCCAGCACCGCCAGCAUUCACUCCAGGUUACACGGCGCAAACGUGGCGUUCGCCCACGGGGCUGGUGGUGCCGCCGCCCGCUGCACCGGAGCUUUGCCCGGCCGAUGAGUACGGCUUUUCUCUGUCAGUGCGGUGGCCAGCUGUUCUUCAAGCAGCUGCCUAUGUGGUUGAAUUGCGUGAGGCUGACUGA